AUGAUUUAAGAAAUAAUUCUUUUUGUUUGUUUGCUAUUAACAUUAAUAUCAACAGGAAUGUUGAUUGCUUACUUCAUUUUUAAAGAAGAGUCAAGGACAUAUUCAUUUAAGUUGGUGCUACCUAUAUUUUUAUUUGAUUUUAUAUGGGCGCUUAAUGCUGCUAUCCCUAUGAUCUACUAUUUCGCUUCUCCUGAUUCAGCAAUAUCAGAUUUUGCCUGCAAAUUUUAAGGAAUAGUUAAACUAUUCACCACCAAUGGAUCUUUUUUUAGCGCUUUAGCUAUUUCUUGGACUCUGUAUACAUUCCUGAUAAGAAAGAUUCCGAUCUAAACUAAAAAUCCUAUAAUAUACUUUUCAGGAUACACGAUAGUGCUCCCAUUCAUCAUUUCUUUCAUCCCGCUGUUUUUCAAUAGAUAUGGAUAUAUCCCGCCUAUUGAGUAAGUUAUGUGUUUUCUUGUCUUAGAUGAGAGUAAUGGGUAAACAGAUUACUUAGGUAUUAUUUUUAGAACAUCAUUCUACUACAUGACUUUUAUUAUAGUACUUUGCCUAGAUGUAUACUACGUUGGAAAAAUAUGCUACAGAUAUUAUCAAAAUAGAAAUAAUGAAUAAGAAUAGUUUCCAAAAGAAGUUAGAAAUUUAGCUCUAUACCCUUCCAUUCUGCUUUUAUCAUGGAUUUGGUUGAUUGCAGAAAGAGUUAUUGAAUCUCUCAAUGGAGGUGAGGAAAUAACUUGGCUAAACAAAUUUGACCUGAACUUUGUUGCUUUAAAUGGAUUUUUAAAUUCAAUAGUAUAUGGUUAUCUUUCCAUUAAUCCCUUUUCAAUCUGCUAUAAAAACACAGAGAGUUAAGUUUUGGCCUCAAAAGAUUCUUUAAUAAAUCUAAAUUCUAUGUAAAAGUCAAUCAAUAAAAUUUAGGAAAAUAACUCGGACAUAUCUAAUUCUAUUCAUAUUAAAUUAAAUGAAGAUUAUGAUGAUAAUUAAGGAGAUAAUGAUAUAUCAAAUAUUGAAAACGUCUAUGAUAAUAGUGAAAUUAAUAGAAAUUAAGCUCUUAGGUAAAAAUACUUAUACAAAGAUAGUGAUUCUAUUUUAAAAGAAAAUAACAAUUUAGUGAUUGAUUGA